AUGCAUUUAAAGUAGUUUUCAUUUAAGUCUAAGCUCUUAAAGGCUGCUUAAGCAAAUCCCAUUACUUUUUUAGAAUAUGGAAAGCUAGAUACAUAAAUGUUAUAUAUGGAUACAGAGAUAGUACCUCAUGUUUCUCUUUAAAUUAAAUCAUAAAUAAGAGAACUAAAAAAAUUUGCUUCUGAGAAUUAAUUAACUGGUUUUUCAGCUAUUCAAGCAGGCUAUAUUGAUAGAUUUUUCGUAUUAUCAAAAGAGGUUAAAGAUUAAUAGCAAAGUACUUGGAAAACUUAAAAAUUAUACCCUACUGACCAAUACAAAACAUAUAUCAACCCUAAAAUUGUAGAAAUUUGUUAAAAUGGCUAAUAAAAUAAUGAAAUAGAGCUUUCUCCAACUUUUCCAUUUUUAGAUGCGUAUGUUUCUAGAUAUUUGUCAGUAAAAGUUAGAUAUUAUGAUGAGGAUAUGGACGAAGUAGAAGAAACUAUAUAAAACUUUGAAAGUAGGGCUUUCUAGCACUUUUAUGACUUUUUAAUGAAUAAAGAUUUAUUGAACUGGAGAUUAAAUCAUGGAAAUUUAUCAAUAAAUUAGAAUUAUUAGAAAAAGUUGAAGAAAUUUUCAAAUGUUUUAGAAGAUUAUAAAAUUUAAAUUAAUAAAAUGAAAGAAGACUUUCCUGAAUUAUUUUAACCUAGAUAACUUACAGAGUUAAAUAAAAAAUAUGAAAAUGUAUUUAUGCCUUCAUUUGAAUAAGAUAUGAUGAGAAGGCUUCUUAAAAAUUAUCGUAAAGAUUUAAACUAUAAUAUUGAAAAGCAAGAAUUAGAUGAAAUAAUGGGUUGA